CUCACUCUGAUUUCUGAAUCCGUAUUCGUGUGUGAAUUGGUUUCCGUUGUUGUCAGGUUGUGCAUGAACUGCUUUUUCAUUUAGACUGUGAUUGCGACCAGAAACCUGUGGAUGCUAUUAGUUGCGUUAUUUGAAAGGUAAGCAUGUUUAUCUAUGAUAUAAGAGAAGUUUUACUGAGGUCUGAAGAUCACCAAUAUACUUUGAAUACAAAAAAAACACAUUUGUAUAGACUUAAGUCUUUACAAAGGUAAUCACUUUCUUGUUCCGUUUUAAAAAAUGGUAUUUAGCUUACAUUUAGAUGAGAUUCUUCAAAACACUACAAACCAGAUAAAGCUUCCCAUACACACAAACAAUUGCAGUUGUCUUUCAAUCCUUAUUGCAUACUGGAUCAAUUCCCAUAAAAAUACACCAAUAAGCCCCAAUAUACAUUCGUUCGGUAAUUUUUUUAUAUAAUGUUAACAACUGCUGGAAAAAAGUAGUGUAGACGACUUGAAACACUAAUCAUACGCAUCAGGAUCGAUUAUUGUAAAUAGCUUACGGUCUGUACUAAACGCCUUGUCGCUAUCAGCAAGUGAAACUGAAAUUUCAUCCAUUAAAGUGCUUUUUACCGAUUAUUUUAGAUGAAUGUAGACGUAGGUACGAUAAAAUCAUUACGAAUGUUUAGCAGAUUUAUUGAGCUUUAUUAUAAGGUAUGGGAAACCAAAUAAAAGAACUAGGAACUUCAUCACAAAUUUCAAAACGGAUAAAAGGUUGCACAAUAAUAUUUAUGUGGAACUUUGAGUAACAAAACUUUAUUUAACUUUUACCCUUAUAACUCGCAAAGUGAUGAAUGUAACAGCGACAGUUUCGACUAAACAGUUUAAAAAUUACUUAUUUCAAAGCAUGAAGCUAAAUAAACAUAAAAUAAUAUUACGUUUGUGUUGACUGAUAUUAAAUGAGUUCCCCAGAUCAAUUAAUAAAGAUAUUGUCAUGGAAAAAUUAUGGAUUGAUAAAAACAUCUUAAUAGUACACGAAAGUAGUAAACUUCGAGAUAUUUUUGACCUUACUUUAGGUUUCAAAGUGAAUAUUAACUAAACUUCUUGAAAUUUUUUGACUGGGGUUUAAGGGGUUUUUGAUUUUAUUUGUGAGUAGGCAUAUGGCAUUAUUUUGAAAAUCAUAAAUGGUAGACUAAACUUCAACAUACUAUGGGAACAAUGAUUUAAAGAAUACGACAUCAACACGACUGGCUCUGCAGGAACGCAUAUUAAAAGCUAAACUAAACAACUUCCAUGCAUAUUUUAUGGGAAAGACCCGUCAGUUCGAAAACUAUCGUUAUUAUCAGACACUGGAUUUCAUAUUCUAUGAUGCAUCGAAGAACAUAUUGAAUGGAAGUAUGAGCACAAUCGAGUGUUUAAAUAAUAACUCAUUUGUGUAUGUUUGUACAUUAUAACACCAGCAAAUGGUAUAAAAAGGUAUUAUUUCUGGUUUAAUUUACUGACUCAUUAUUAAUACCCCUUUUUAAAAUCAUGAGGAUUAAGUCGCAAGUAAUCUGUUCAAGAGAAUCCAUCAAUGACUUGGCUAAGAGUCUAUCUUAUUCUGACUACUAAGUGUGGUGGCACACUUUGAUCCCAUAACUGAAGUUACCACUUUAAGCAUCAAUGUUAAUUCAAUCUGUCAUUUUAGUUGUUCUAUGAGAAAAUGAUAUUUCAUGUAGUAUGUUACAUUUCCAUCUAGUCUAUAAUUUUUCGAGUUCCCAUGAUGCCACAUUUACCUUACCUGAUAGCUAUAGUUAUUUAAUACUAAACUAUUAUUAUGAACAAUAACAAGGAGAAGUGUAUAUAGCACACCAUUUUUUCUGUACCUAGAAUACAACAAUCUACCUCACCGCCUUCGAUGGAUCAAGAAAGUCACGAGAACACUAUUAGUGUAUCCAACUAACUAGGUAUCCCAUCGAGACAUCGAUACCGUAGAUGUCACUUGUCAGCAGCUGGAAAUAAGAAUCUAAAGCGGAGAUUUUUCGUAAAUCUCUGGCCAGACACCCAUGUCCAAAAAGGGCAUGAGGCUUCAGUAAGCAAUCAUCUCUAGGUUAAGUUUGACAAUAUUCGCAGUAUGUUGAGGAAAUCGACAUACAUUCAUCAUGCUUCUUGCGUACGCUUGAUUGCUUUGAUUGUACAUUAAGAGCAAUUAACUUACAAAUGGAGUCAUGGAUUUAUCUGAAGUCUUUUGGAGGUGUUUUUUGCAUACGUGAUAGUUUUAUUUUUUCUUCUGUUUUACUCUUUCACAGAAAUUUGACUUCCUUUCCAGCUGAAUUAAGAGAAAGUUCAAGUUAACUUUGUCAACAUUCUAAAAGACGUUUGCUACCUUUGUUAUAAGUCCUGCCGAUGAAAAAUUCAUUCUCUUUACGCACAAAUAACUCAAAUGCCGAAGUCAAACUUCUACGAUCAAAACAUGACCUAAUACACGAACUUGUGACUUCUGAAAUUAAAUACAUAAGUUACCUCAAGAAGGUUUUGAAGUACUUUGCAAGGCCCUUAACUGACCGCAGAUACUUGCCGGAAGAUAUACACUCUGAAAUUUUUGGACGUCUCGUGCCCAUCUUAAGUGUCAAUGAAACUCUUCUUGAGUCCAUUUUAACUGUUGGAGUUGAGAAAGCAUUUCUGAAAAUUUCUCCAUGUCUGAAAUUAUAUGCAGAUUAUGCCAGCCGCUACCAAACAAACGUGGUGUUUAUGGAGACUUGUAAUUCAUUCAUACCAGGACUGAUGGAGUUUAUAAGCAAACAAGAAAGCUUACCAGACGUUAAUUUGCAGCUUUCAGCACUCCUCAUAAUGCCCAUACAGCGCAUUCCUCGGUAUUCUUUAAUGCUCCAAGAACUUGUUAUCAUUUGCCUUCAACUGGAUGGUUUAAGUAAUCCAGAAGCAAAUAAAUGUGCCAUUAGAAUUAACGAAGCUGCUCGUCAACAUUUUAUGACACCAGAAUAUGCAGCCACUCUUAUUUUAAAGCUAUGGGAUAAUCAUCAACAAAUGCAUUACUCUCCAGAAUCUCAUGAUUCAAGUUUUUCAGAUCUGAAACGAUAUAUUCAUAGAAUGUGUGCUUCCACAAUUAUUCUUAUUGCAGGUUUUGCUAGCGUGGUAGCUACAGCAACAUUUUUAAAUGAACAGAUUAGAAUCAGUGAACAAGCUACUAAGGCCGCUUUAUUACAAUCAAGACUUUUUGGCAAAUGGUCACACAACCUCAUUUUAGUACCUGGGCGUAAACUAUUGAAGUAUGGAUUGGUGAACAAAGUGAAUUCUCUUGAUGGACUUGCAGAAACUCGUUUACUAGUGAUUAUGUCUGAUAUACUGAUAUGUGCUAAACCGCGAACCCAGACGGAGUUGGAAUCUAUUUUCAGCAAGAAAAAGUGUGUUCAUAGUCGAAAAUAUCCGAAUCCUUUUACACAGUUUUACGGAAGAAAAAUAUCUUUAGGGUGUACAAAACAUAUUCGAAGGUCGAAUGACACAAACCCAUUGAUUCACGUUUCUAAAUUCUCUAAAUCAAUCUCACGAAGUUCUAACUCUCGAACUUUUAACGACUCAACUGAUUUUCUAACGGAUAGUAAAGUUUGUUUUUCAUGUAUUGCUGUCUAUCCUCUUCAUCACUGUCAUGUUCGAAUUCAUUUUAAACCACAUAAUACGUUUCUGCAACCGAUUCCUGAGUCUCCUGAAUGUCAACCAAAUCAACAUAAUUCAGUGUUUAUUUCACCAAUUUCUAUUGGUGGAUUUAGUCGUCACACUGCAUCAACACCAUUGGCAUUCGAUGAAUAUGCAUGUGGAUCAACAUCUGUUGUAAGAUUGAAAUCGGAUUCAUUUAUUACCUUCAAUGAAGAUGACUACACAAUGAAACACCCUGAGUCCUUGAAUGAAUACAGUUUCACUGUGCACUGUCGUGACGCUAACUUUACUAUCGUGAAUGGAAAUUUAACUGAAGCUGAAGAUUGGAUAUCUAGUUUGGAGACAGCCAUUCAAGCUGUUAAAACAGCACGAAAAAGCCUUCGUAAGGAAAGCAGUGCGAAGUGGCCAAUGCGUGCUUCAGAUUUUAUUCAAUUUGAACAAUGGCUGGAACAGAAACGUAUAGUCGAAGAGUCAAUGAAAUCUUCUCGAAUCUUUCAAAGGAUGGGAAUGGAAGAGUUGGCAAUUGAUAAUCACCUUUCACCAGUAAAUUUUCUUGAGUCAUCUAGAAUGGAACAAAAACUUGAAGAAUAUCGUAGACGUAAAUCCAUCGGUUGUGAUACUGAAAAAAACAAUCGGCUUUCUUAUAUAUUUCGUGAAUCUCGUAGUCUUGAACUUAAUCCCAAAAAAUCAAAACGUGAUAAACAAUGUGGAAUGUUUUGUCAUUCGUUUAUGUCUAAAUUUAAAGAAAAUAACUUAGUUAAUGUCUCAGUACUUGAUCAUUCAAACGAUUCUGUUCGUUUGUUAUCCAUAACAAGUAUUUCUGACAAGCCCCCAUCAAAUUCCAUUUCGUUCAAUACAAGAAAUCAUUUUUACAGCAAUGAUCGUUGUUACCAUUUGGAUGAUACUCAUCGUAAUUCAUUUCCAUCUCAAUUAGCCCAAACUUUUAGUGGAUGUUUGUGCAUGUAAAAUGCUUGCGAACAGAUAUCUGUGCUCUUAAACUAGUUAUUAGACACGAAUAAAACCAAUUCAAAAUAACUUGGAUUAAAUAUAUGCUUCUACGUAAACUAUAAAUGAACAACAAUUUCAAAUCCUCAUGAGCAUUAUUUAAAAUAUCAAACUGUUGUAACCGCGAAUUCAGAUUUUAUUUUAUUUUAUUUGUUAUUUACAUAUAAUCUUAAAUAAAACCACUGCUUACUCCAAAUAUUAUUUUUAUUCGUAUUCCCACAGAGAAUAAUCAUUCAUUUAUGCUGUAUACUUCUGUCUAGUUUUUUUAUACUCUAUUUUUUUCACAAAUCUAUCUUUUUUGUAUCCGGUAUUACAGAUGUAUUUUAAACAAAAGCUUUGAUUUGUAAACUGUCAGAGAUUGUUCCAGCUGUAUCUUGAUGAAAUAUAAUUUUUGUUCCCUUGACUUAUCUUACACCUUUUUUAUUUUAUACAACAAAAAAUGUAGUGCUAACUGAAAUAUUUCAAUUCUUAUUUUAGUCAUGUUUCCGAUUUGUCAAUAAUUAUGUUGAUUUCUUGUUCACUUUUUAUCACUUUGUUCUUUUUUUCCGAAAAAUGUUAAUUAUGUAGAAUAAAGCGAA